AUGUCCUUUGCCCAUCUCAAGGCACGCCGUGCAGCGCGCGAUGGGCGCUGGCGCGCACGUGGGAGAGACGGAGGCAAAGGCCGCGGCGAAGACGACACAGGGGAAGCAGGGACCGGCGUGCAGGAGGACGAGGAGCAGGGCACUGGCAUCGUCGAGGAAGAGCAGCACGAACCUCACCUGGCCGGCACGCCCGCUGACGAUCCACCGCCCGAGCUGCGUGGGUCGCAGCUGACCCUCUUCACCACAGCGGGCCACGGCCGCGGCCUGCAGCGCGCGCGCGACGCACCCGGCGCGCAGGCCGGCGACGAGCUCCUGGCGGUCGAGCCGCAUGCCUCGGUGCUGAGCACGGCGCAGGCCGACAUGCGCUGCCACUACUGCUUUGUGAAGCGCGCCGCCCUCCAGCGGUGCUCUGGAUGCAAGUUUGCGCGGUACUGCAGCGCAGCGUGCCAGCGCAGCGCGUGGACCAAAGCGCGGCACCGCGACGAGUGCCCAGCGCUGCAGCGCUGGUUUGCCGCGGCCAAGGAGGCCGGGCACGCGCCCGCGGACCCCGGCGCCGCGGUCCGCGUCCUCGCGCAGCUCGUGUGGCACCGCCGGAAGCACGGCGUGCAGAGCGCGUGGUGGAAAGGCGUCGCAUCCAUGCAGUCGCAUCGCGCAACGAUGAGCGAGGCACAACAGGCAGAGUGCGCCGAGCUUGCGUUCCGCGUCGCGCACUUUCUGACGCUGGAUGCGCUGCCGUCGUACGGUUUUGACGGCGCGUCGGGCCUACUCGACAUGGUCUGUGCGUACCGCACCAAUGCCUUUACGCUCGCCGACGCACAGCUCGAUCCGAUCGGCGUGAGUGUGAGCGUGCCAAUCGCGCUCUUUAACCAUGCGUGCGACCCCAAUGCGGUCGUCGUCUUUCCGCGGGCGGGCGACCGUACGAUGCGCGUCGUCGCCAUCAAACCGAUUGCGCCCGGCGCCGAGGUGCUUACGUCGUACGUCGACCUCGCUGAGCCGCUUGCGCAGCGGCAGGCGACGCUCUCUUCGCGCUACCUCUUUACGUGCACCUGCCGCCUGUGCACGACCAGCGCGCACCCCCCCAAGCACUGGACCGAUCCCCGCACGGCGAUCUGGUGCGAGCACAAUUGCUCUGGAUGGGCCGCCUUGCCGAACUGGCGCCAGCUGCCUGUGGACGAUACCAGUCUCGCGAGCGGCGCGUGCAACCGCUGCGGCAAGACCAGCAUGCUGCACGCCCCCCGCGAAAUCCACGCGCGCUGGACGGCCACCGAGGCGCUGAUGGAGCGCGUCCAAAAAGCGAUGCAAGGCGAGGCAUCGCACGACUCGCUGGGCGACGUGCUCAGCACCGUGCGGUGGCUGAGCACGCUCGCACCCCCAUCGAAUACCCUGCUAUGGACGCUGAUGCAUGCCGCGCAUGUGCUCGCGAUCGAAACAGGGGCGUUUGCCGAGGCGACGCACCUUGCCUUUGUCCUCUGUGCAGGGAUGCAAGCGUGCGGCGGGCGGGAGGCCGACAGCGCGCUGUACCCCCCCGGCCACCCCCUGCGUGCGGUGAUGUUCGCGACGCUCGGCAAGCUCCUGCUGCACGAGACGCCGCCGUGCCCCCCGUUGCUUGCACGCAUGCCCGCCGUGCCGGCGGACCGUGCGGUCCAGCUGGCCCUAGCGCGGCAGGCGCUGGUCCAAGCGCUCGACGAGGCGCGGUGCGGCUUUGGGCGUAGCGUCGACGGCGGCGACGUCGCUGCAGACGUACGCGACUCGCUCACGGCACUCGAGCAAGAGCAAGCGGUGCUUCGUAGUAUGUAG